UAAAACUCAAGAAGAAGAAGACAUCCUCUGUGUGUCAAACACACUAAAAACCAACAUGGCGAACAUUCGGUGUGUCAAGGGUAUGGUCGGCCUGGUGACGGGUGGCGCGUCCGGUUUGGGCCGAGCCACUGUGGAGCGUCUGGUCCAGAACGGAGCGUCCGCUGUGAUCCUGGACCUGCCCUCUUCUGAUGGAGCAGCGCUUGCAGCCAGUCUGGGGGACCGCUGUGCCUUCGCUCCUGCAGACGUGACAUCGGAGGCAGACGUACAGUCAGCCGUGUCCCUGGCCAGAGAGAAGUUUGGGAGGCUGGACCUGGCAGUGAACUGUGCCGGCAUCGCUGUCGCCGUUAAAACCUACAACUUUAAGAAGGACCUCCCUCACAGCCUGGAGGACUUCCAGCGUGUAAUCAAUGUGAACAUUGCAGGAACCUUUAAUGUGAUUCGCCUUGCUGUGGGUGAGAUGGGGAAGAACGAGCCUGAUGCAGAUGGACACAGAGGCUGCGUCAUUAACACAGCCAGUGUGGCCGCCUUCGACGGACAGGUCGGCCAAGCAGCAUAUUCAGCUUCUAAAGGUGGUAUUGUUGGAAUGACACUCCCCAUCGCACGAGAUCUGGCACCCAUGGGCAUCAGAGUCAUCACCAUAGCGCCUGGUCUGUUCUCCACUCCCCUCCUGGCUGGUCUUCCAGAAAAGGUGCGCUCCUUUCUCGCCCGCCAAGUGCCCUUCCCUUCACGCCUGGGAGACCCAGCAGAGUUUGCCCACCUGGUGACAUCACUGGCUGAGAACCCCAUGAUCAACGGAGAGGUCAUCAGACUGGACGGAGCCAUUCGCAUGCAGCCCUGAGACAGAUGGUGUGUGUCUGAGUGGACAUGUUAACUAAGCUCAUUGAUCCACACCUUCAUCAUUUUUAUGUCUGAGUGUUCGUGUGUGUGUGUGUGUGUGUGUGUGUGUGUGUCUGCCUGGUGAAAUUAUGUCAUACAAAGCUGCACACACUGAAAAUAUAAACUGUGAUGGAUUACAAACACCAUUUUAUUAACUUUGUGUGAGAAUGUGAGAGAAAGUGUGUAAAAAUAUCUGUAUAUUUCAGUGCAUUGCAGUUCUGUAUGCACUUCACUUUGGUUGUUUUGUAAAUGAAUCCAGAUUGUAAUAAACCUCAGAUUGGUUUGUCUGGUCCA